AAUUCAGUUCAAUGCGAAAUUUUGUUUGAACCAGACGCGAAAUUUCUCAACGCAGCGUGGCCAAAAAAAUCUUGUUGUCAAGUGCGUGAAAAGUGUCAACAAAUAAGGGAGUUUAGUGCCCUACGAACACUGAACAAUGUUAUAUUAUUUACCAAAAAAUAUAUGAACAAGGAAAAUAUUUACAAUUAAUUGUGCAUAUAAAUCAAGAGACCUUUUUGACCAUCGCGUGUGCAUCUUUGAGAUAAACUUGUAAGACAAGAUAACCUGACUAAACGAAGUUCAGUGAAAUCGAAAUCGCUGGCCAAUUGACAGUGCCGCUUGUUUAACACAUUUUUGAACACCGAACUCAAUUUCCAUUUGAAUUCAAAUACAAAUUCAAAUCCAAAGUGUAAUUUCAAUUUCCAUUUCGAGUGGACAAUAUUCAAUUGGAAUUGCAAUUGCAAUUCAUGGCACGGCAAGUAGUUUGAGCGAUGCCAGACUGAGGCGCAAUCAUGCUACACUUAAGGCUAUUCGAUAGCUCGUUCUACUACGCCCUGGAGUCCUCGGGGGUGGUGUCCACCUCCUCCUCCUCCGCCGCUGUCUCCUUGGCCGCCUCCACCUCCACGGAAAGGGCGUUCAAUGGCAGCCUGGAAGGGGCAGAGGGCGCUGGGGGCGUGGACGACGUGGCGGCAGUUAAUCUGACAUAUAUCACACCUGCGAUAUCACACGUGAUUCUGGCGCCAACAACGAUACCCCCAAUGGUCCAGAUUCCAAUCCAGACGACAGCGGCGCCAUGUCACGACUUCGACUUAGAAGCGGUCGGCAAUUCCACAUGCGGCGACAAUUUAAAUUCGUUCUACUUUUAUGAGACGCAACAGUUUAUCACGCUGUGGUUCCUGUUCUUCACAAUAGUCCUAGGAAAUUCUGCUGUACUUUUUGUGAUGUUCAUUAACAAGAAUCGCAAGUCGCGGAUGAACUUUUUCAUCAAACAGCUGGCUUUUGCAGACCUGUGCGUGGGACUGAUAAACGUGCUGACCGACAUCGUUUGGCGUUCCACGGUGGCCUGGAAUGCGGGAAACCUGGCCUGCAAGCUCAUCCGCUUCAUCCAGACGACCAUCACAUACGCGUCCACCUAUGUCUUGGUGGCCAUGAGCAUCGACAGAUACGACGCCAUCAACAACCCCAUGAACUUCUCGAAGUCGUCGAAACGAGGACGUCGACUGGUGGCUGGAGCGUGGCUAUUAGCGGUGAUUUUUUCAAUUCCUAUGCUGUAUUUAUACGAGGAGGAGGUCAUCCAGGGAUCUCAGCAGUGCUGGAUCGAAUUGGGUUCCCCGGAAAGGUGGCAGUACUACAUGGUUGCGGUUUCUAUCCUUCUGUUUGUGGCUCCCGCGGUGAUCAUCUCUUUCUGCUAUGCAAUCAUCGUUAAGACGAUUUGGGCCAAUGGCUCCAUAUUUUUGCCAACAGAACGCGGAGCUGCACCUACUAGGCGGGCAAGUUCAAGGGGCAUAAUUCCGCGGGCAAAGGUCAAAACGGUCAAAAUGACACUGACCAUCGUAUUCGUUUUCAUCAUCUGCUGGUCGCCGUACAUUGUCUUCGAUCUACUGCAGGUCUAUGAUUAUAUUCCACACACGCAGUCCAACAUCGCUCUCGCUUCCUUCGUCCAAAGUCUGGCUCCUUUAAACUCGGCAGCCAAUCCGCUGAUCUAUUGCCUCUUCUCAUCGCAGGUCUUUCGCACACUGAGUCGCUAUCCGCCCUUUAAGUGGUUUAACUGCUGUUGCAAAUCGAAUCGCAACAACUCGCGACAAAAUCGCUGCAACACGGUGGGUCGUCGUCUGCAAAACAGUUGCGAUUCGAUGAGGACGCUGACCACCUCGUUGACCACUUCCCGCAGAUCCGCGAAUAGGACCAAUGCCCAUGUGGUCAUAAACGAAAGGCCCACCAUGGUGGUGCCAGCCAUGUCAGAGGUAUGAUAGCUGGCCCACACCACCCGGAAAAGAUCCUUGUUUUCGAUCCACGGCCCCACUUCCUUCAGCGAUGCAGAGUUCCUUUAAAUUCGAUGAGAACGAAACGGGAGACAUCCCGUGAAAUGCUUCAGAGGCUUGGACAAUAAGUUCGAUAGUUGUACCACAGGCAUGGAGAAAGCCAAAUGAAAGUCCCUAGUCGUAAGUGUGCCAAGUCAACGCUACGAAUUUCAAACCUUGUAUUUGUAUUUGCCCAAUAGCAAUCUAUACUUAAGAUAAUGCAUGACCUAGUAGGACGUUUGUAUGACUUUUAUUAAUCACUAAGAAUAAAUUACAAAAUAUUUACUACAUUUAUCACAGAAAUUUCACGAAAACAUUGGUACAAAUCGUCUAAAAGUUGUGAAGAAUACCUUCUUACACAAACUUGUAGUUUACCCACUUUAUUUUGUAAGCAAGCAAACACAUUCACUCAAGCUAAAUAAUAUCAUACCUAUUUAAA